AUGGCGUCUGACUGUAUGCGAAGCAAACUUGUGAAUAGGUAUUGGGUGUAUGGUAAGGAUUACUACAAAGAUGGUUUUAUGCCUUACCCUCACUAUCAUCCCGCAGGAUACUCCGAUGAAUGUAAAAAUCUUGAAAUACGAGAUGAUGACAUAUUCUUCACUGGCUUUCCGAGAUCAGGGACCCACAUUGGUGUAGAGCUAAUACAAAGUGUGCAGAAUGUUGGCAACAAGGACUUCCUCAAGAAACACAUCCACGACCGUGUGGAAAUGGUUCACAUAUCUAAAGAUGUUAUGACAGGAAAGGUUUCCCUUUUGGAAUAUGGUGAAAAUCCACUUCCAAGAUUAUCUGCUCAGCCUUCACCUCGAUUUCUAUUCGGUCCACACCUACCCUAUGAAUUUUGCCCAUUGGGUAUACAGCAAGGAAAUUGCAAGGUGAUUGUCGGAUUUAGAAACCCCAAGUCUGUAUAUACAAGUUGCUUCCACGCAAUUGAUGGCAUAUCGGACACAGGGAUAUUUUCUGAAAGGAUUUCUAAAGAAGACUUCAUGGCAGCCAUUCUUACAGGGGACAGCAGAAAUAUGCCCUGUUGCGGGUCGUGGUUUGACUUUCACAAGCAAUGGUGGGAAAACAAAAAUGAAAACAUAUAUUUUCUCAACUAUGAGAAUCUAAUACAGGAUUGUCACAAAGUAGUGAAAGAAGUGGCCAACUUUCUCGGAAAAGCAUUGACUGAGGAACAAGUUUCGGAUAUUACUGACCAUGUUAAAUUUGACAAGAUCAAAGAGAACCCAGCUUUUGGAAAAGCAUUUGAAAAUUUAAAAGAUGUAAAGACUGCACAUAUGAGAAAGGGCAAGAUAGACGAUUGGAAGAAUUUCUUUACAGUGGCCCAGAGUGAACAAUUUGAUGAAUUGUACGCUCAGAAAAUGAAAGACACGGACUUCCCCCAGCCGAUUUAUGAAUAG